AUGCAAACGACGCAAGCACACGACAGUCGGCCCCUUCUCAACCCUGGUGCUAAAUUGCGGUUCCCCGGAGCUCCCCCAGCUAUACCAAAACGGAAGAAAGUAAACAAAAGGGCCCGAGCUUUGCGACGACCCAAGCCCACAGAACCACCACACAACCGCAACCACACCGAGGAAAAAGAUACACACAACCCGGCCACAAGACACCACACGUACCGCAGAGAGAGCACGGCGUCGUUGACUACCGUACCUGGACCUGGUCCUCGCCCGCCCUGGCCCUGGGAUACCCGAACCAAGUCGCUGCUCUCCCAAGCAACCCCAAGCAACCGAGCCACCGACGAUCCGCUUGCUUCCUUUGACGCCAUUAUUGCCUUUGUCCAGUCUAAAAUACAAGCCAGGCCGUCCUGA